AUGACUUUCUACAGGGACUUCUGCGAGGACGGGUGCUAUUCACCGUUUGGUUAUGAAGACCUCUAUGGUUUUGGCGGCCUGAAUGGCUACCGAUUUGGGAGCCAGUAUGGCUACUACCGGGACCAGUACCGAUACGGCAGCCCAUAUGGCUACAGAAGCUUUGGGGGCCUGUAUGAGAACAGAGGCUUGGGUGGUUAUGAGGGCUGUUACGGGUAUGGAGACCGGUACGGCUUUGGGUCCCCCUUCUCUUUUCGAUUUGGAAACAGAUACAGCUAUUGA